AUGCACUUCACCACCCUCACCACCGCCAUCCUCUCCGGCGCCGCCUUCGCGGCUGCCCUGCCCACCUCGGACGCACCCACGGGCACGCUCGAGCGCCGUGCAUGCACGACGCAGUACCCGACGCACCUGUUCCAGAUCAUGCAGGACGACCCGACGCACAACACGGGCGACCACAGCUACGUCUACACGUCGCAGGGCGACGGCAAGACGAGCCAGUGGGUGACGGAGCUGCAGUUCACGGGCAUCCCUGCCGGCGCGUACGGGUGCAGCGUCGAGUUCUUCUUCCAGGCCGGCUACCACGUCGACACCAGCGGCGGCAGCCCCGGGAACUCUCCCCGCCUCGAGUUCUUCAGCACCGACCGCGACAUCAGCCUCGCCGACACCUGGAACAACCACCCCAACAAGGUGUCGAGCGUCGGCACCCAGAUCGUCAGCGCCGCGCCCGACCGCGACACCAAGUUGACCGUCGUGACCGGCGCGUGCAAGGAGACCCUCAACUACCUGAUCGAGGUGCAGGGUGACAAGGCUGGCAGCGUUGGCUUCACCCAGAGCCCGCCCAACGGUCUGAGGUUGACCUACAACUGCUGA